AUCAGCAGGUCAAAAAGUACAAGAUUGUUACUUCUAUCAAAUUUUUAUGGAAAAAAACGAGAAAGUUGGAGUACCUACAAUUCAGCAGUUGUUAGAAUGGUCAUUUAUCAACAGUAACCUGAAAUUUGCAGAGGCACCGUCAUGUCUGAUUAUUCAGAUGCCCCGAUUUGGAAAAGACUUUAAACUAUUUAAAAAAAUUUUUCCUUCUCUGGAAUUAAAUAUAACAGAUUUACUUGAAGAUACUCCCAGGCAGUGCCGGAUAUGUGGAGGGCUUGCCAUGUAUGAGUGCAGAGAAUGCUACGAUGAGCCGGACAUCUCAGCUGGAAAAAUCAAACAAUUUUGUAAAACCUGCAACACUCAAGUUCACCUUCAUCCCAAGAGGUUGAAUCAUAAAUAUAACCCAGUGUCGCUUCCCAAAGAUUUACCUGACUGGGACUGGAGACAUGGCUGCAUCCCCUGCCAGAAGAUGGAGUUAUUUGCUGUUCUCUGCAUAGAAACCAGCCACUAUGUUGCUUUUGUGAAGUAUGGGAAGGAUGACUCUGCCUGGCUCUUCUUUGACAGCAUGGCUGAUCGGGAUGGUGGUCAGAAUGGCUUCAACAUUCCUCAAGUUACCCCAUGCCCGGAAGUAGGAGAAUACUUGAAGAUGUCUUUGGAAGACCUGCAUUCCUUGGACUCUAGAAGAAUCCAAGGCUGUGCACGAAGACUUCUCUGUGAUGCAUAUAUGUGCAUGUACCAGAGUCCAACAAUGAGUUUGUACAAAUAGCUGGGGUCAUCUGAGAGGUGAAGAUACUGAAAGCAAAAUUUUAAUGUUGCAUUUUACUCGAGCUGGCAGUUUUGUGCACCAUCCGUUGCCGGCAAUGGAUGUCUUUGUGGUGAUGACCCUCCAGAAAAGGAUUCCUGUGUUUAAAAACAAAUUGCUUUUGUGUUCCUGAAGUAUUUAAUAAGAAGCAUUUUGCACUCUAGAAAGUAUGUUUGUGUUGGUUUUUUAAGAAGUCUAAAUGAAGUUAUUAAUACCUGAAGCUUUAAGUUAAGUGCAUUGAUCAUAUGAUAUUUUUGGAAGCAUAAAAUUUUAAUUGUGAAAGUUUAAAACCUCAUUUAGUCCAUUGAAAAUGUAAAUAAAUGUGUCUUCUUUAUGGACCAACGA